CUACCCCUGAUUAAAUAAGUUUUGUAAUUUGCUCACUUAACACUUAAUAAGGACAAUUUUGAAUGAAUAUGGUUAAAUUAUUUCUAAUUUGAUAAGUAGACACUAUUUUUUAACCAAAAAAAAAGAAAAAGUUGACAAUCUUUUUUACGCGGAAGGAGUAUUUUUCAAGAAAACAUUUUGUGUCAUACAAAACUUAAUUGCUUGCACUUCAGUGGCGGGAAAAUGGAUCGUAAAAUGCUUGUAACGUGUUAACAUUCCCAGUAGUCACUAUAAAUAUCCCGGAUGUGCUCAAAACUUAUCAAAAUUCACACAAAACAAACAUACACGAGAUCAGAAUGGGGAAAAAAUCGAUAAGCUUAGAGAAUUAUCUCGAUUUCAUUGACAGCAACAAGAGACUCGAUUUAACUGCCGGUAAUCUCAAUGAGAUCAUCAGCAUUCACGGAUUCAAAAAACACAAGGGUCAAAAGAACGUUCUGGUUGACACGGUGAGAUCAAUGGAUUUAAUGGACCUGCGACGCUCCACAUUGCAAGAGGAGAUAUCAUCAGAAGCGUUCGUUUCUCUCAAUGAAGCAAUCAAAGACCUCACUCAUCUCAAUUGGCAAGAAUGCUGUGUCACUUCUCUGCAAACCAUUUGUUUCUCUAACGGUGUCAAGGACUCAGUUCACCGCAAGGAGAAGACUAACGCUUCAGCUUCAUCAGUGCUGAAUAUGCCGCCAAUGAAGAAGCAAAAGGCACCAAGCCAACAGUCAGCUGGUGUGACUAAUGAACAAGUCGACGUUACAGAAGCGAGUGUAAAUGACGAACAAGUUGCAUUUUGUGGUGUUAUGUGUGUGCAAAGUGCUAUGGGUGUUUCGAAAAGAGUCAUGGAGAAGGACUAUGUUCAAGAAGUCACAAAGAAGCAGCACUAUGAAAAGCUUAAUUGGGGAACAAAAUGGGUACCAAGCCAACAGUCAGCUGGUGUGACUAAUGAACAAGUUGACGUUACAGAGGAGAGUGUAAAUGAUGAACAAGUUGCAUUUUCUGGUGUUAUGUGUGUGCAAAGUGCUGUUCAAGAAGUCACAAAGAAGCAGUACUAUGAAGAACUUAAUUGGAAAACAAAAGCGACAAGAACAGGAAGGGCAAGCCAAGUUGUAAAAGUGGAACGUUUUACUUAAAGAUAGUUGGUUGAGAUUAGCAUUUCAAAUAAUUCUGUAACGUAAAUAAGAGAAAGUAAGGACAGGUUGUAGUGGCAUGAGAGAUAUCAUUUUUAUUUGUCAAGUAAUGCCUUAUUGAUGACAAUUAAAAAGUUUGUUGAAUAUCUCCUCGAGUUAUUUCUCUUGCAAUUUAUGAUGGGUCAAAUGUGCAUUUUGACAUAAUCUUUUUUGUAAUCAAUGGUAAAGUGUUGGCCACCGUAGUUUGUUUUGAUGAUGCAAGUAUGAUUAAUAUUACCUUAUCUUGUAAAACAAUGGAA